AUGUCGCGAGUACUCGCGUUUCUUGGUCUUCUAGUGAUUGGCUGUACAGCUCGCUCAGAACAUACCAGUGUGUGCGACUUUAAAUACUGCGCCUGCUAUCCAUCUGAACAUCCAUCAUGGACAACUGUUAACUGCACCGUCCCGCAUAACCAGAAACUUGACAUAUUGGAAGGCGACCUCCCGGAGACGACUUCGACUCUGAUUAUAACCGGUGCCGAAGCUGUGCUGUUCGGUACCAACUCACUAACCCGACUGAAAGAUGCGCGAUACAUCCAAAUCUACGACUCCAAAGUUAUACUGAUGAGAAAGUAUGCCGGCGUACAACUGAGCAUAAUAAGCCUCUUCCUCGAGAUUGACAACUGCGAACUUCUACGCAUCGAGGAGAGAACCUUCAGCAGUAUAAGAGGUCCACUUUCGGUGUCAAUCAAGAACUGCGACUUUGUUUCCUUGGAAGGAGAGGCGUUCUCCUGGCUUCUUUCGAUGGAUAUAAGCAAUAUACGCAAACUGCAACUGGGUCCACGUUCAUUUAUGCUGGAUCCAACAGCCGCCAACGUCGGUGUACACGGCCCCGGAAUGACGGUCGAAUUAAAGAACGUGACGGUCCCAGAAAUACCCGAACAAACUUUUGGUUCCUCGGCAGCACUUAUCAAAAUGGAAUCGGUUGAUGCACGCGUAAUCCGUUUGGGAGCUUUUCCUGCCAACACAUACAACGUUGUUGUGGCAAUAAACUGUUCCUUUCACCUCAUUGAAGGAGAAUCGUUUGCACAUAAGUCGUUGAUAAAAAGCCUUCAGUUCUACGGCUGCAGAGUUCAUCAAUUUGCUUCUAAUGCAUUGCAAUCAGCAGUGGCAAGACUCAAUAUUUCACAUACGUUAAUGACUAACGUCGAGACGGGCGCAAUCAACGCGACUGUAGCAGCAGUCAUAAUCGAACAUAGUGUAUUUCACUACUUUCACGAAAAAGGGUUCGUCCUAACUUCAUGUAACAAAUUUUACAUAAACAAAAACUCAUUCGAUGAGUUACCUCCGUUCUCAAUUAUCGCACCUGGUUCAACUCCUCACGCACUUUCAUUUAUCUAUAAUGAAGUUGAAACACUAAACGAAAAUAGUUUAGCGUUUAUAGGUCAAGCAUACGCCAAGAUUGCCCCUAACAUACACUACGCUUAUAACUACUAUGGACACCGUUGUCAUUGUAACUUUACUGAUUUUAUCGGAAAAGCUUUGGGUUUUAAAUCUGGAGAACCAUUUGAAUCCGACAGCUUUUGUACCGUAGACGAAAUGUUUGCCCGUUGUUUUAAUGUUCCUGAACAGAAUAUGCAGUUCACAAAAUUUAAAAGUAAAGUUUGCACUGAUCAGGCCAGUAUUGAAUGUGAAGCAUAUCGAAGCAAGGAACAAGGAAAGCCGGUGGAAAUAAAAAAUCCAAGGUUUCCACACAAACAUGUUGAAGAAGAGGGUUUAAGUGAUCGGGAUAAAAAAGUUAUUGGCAUUGUCAUCGUCACUGCGUUAGGUUGUGUAAUCAUCGUGAUGUUCAUAAGUUUAAUAAGAUGGAUGAGACGAAAAGGCUACUGCGUCAGUAUAAAAAACAUUCUUAUCUCCUCAAAUUCAUCAUGCGGUUCUUUUUGUGAAAGAAUAUGUGGUUUGAAUAAUGGUUUGGAUAACGCACGAUCUAUUUCUCAACUCUCAGUAAAUGAAUAUUCAGAACGACAUCGCUUAAAUGAACCACGUGUCCACGACAUGAUUCAGGAGACUGCGCUUCCUAAUAUAUAUCCGGAGGAAUUAGUGCCUAUGGAAGAUAAGAUGACGCAAACAUUGCCCGAGGAAUUAACAAAAGAACUUUUGGAAAAUCUCAAAGAAAAGCUUGAGGAUCCAGAGAAUUACGUCGAGGCCCGGGAGAUGAUUGAGCACCUGUACGAACUCAUCAAAGUUGAGGAAAGCUGCAAUACCAACACACCAACUUUAGUCAAGACCGAGGAAAAUAUUUAUGAAUUACCAUUCCAAAAUACUUCUCCACGUAUAGGAAAGAACAAAAAGCAGAUGAUUAGCAUCGGUACUCGAACACCAUCGCUUGAUAAAUUAUUGCCGCUUUCACCUUACAAUCGACAAACAGCUUUAGUCCACGAAUAUUUUGAGCCAAAGGAUUUCGCUGUUCACCUGUAUGCUGAAAUAGCAAAUUGCGAUAAGGAGAAGAAGGCCUUCCUGGGCGCUAUUCCUGACGUUCUUGCCGAACAAGCUGUUCCCCGUGGACCAUAUUUACGAGCUGUUCGCGAUAAAAUGAACUCAAGCGCUAGUAUCAACUCCUCCCCUAAGUCGAUGAACAGCAUUGUCCCUAGCCCUCCGCACAUUUCAACGAUUAAAUCGAACAAGUCCACGGCCUCUAACAAUUCUGCAAAAAUGAUUAACCGCCCGCUGCCGAAGAAACCUGCCUUCGAUGACCCUGGCGAGGGUACGUCGCUUAAGCACGGUUGA